AUGAGUAAAUCAUUGACUAAACUGAAGACCACUGGAGACAACUCACCCCUCAAUACCAGUCAUAACCAAACCGCUAACACAUCAACCAUUGGUCCCAUCCGUAGCGGACAGUCAUCGGCGGUGACUAAACCGGUGGCCAAUGUGGUCGCCGGCAGUCAUUUAGCGGCCAACACAUGCCAUAUGAACACAACUCAAACAAAUACUCGCAAACGUCUCCGACGGGAAGUGGCCACAGAAGUCGGUGGCCAGUCGUCCGCCGGCAGGAGUCGUAAAGUGGAGGACAAACGGCGCCCAAAACGCCGCAAAUACAACAUCGAUGACGACUCAGAGUCGGACAGCGAUAUUGAGAUCGUGGCCAUCGUCUCCGCGCCCAGCGCUCAUACCACCGGCGCCGCCACUGCCGGUGCUUCAGAACCCUCACCGCCACCAGUGCUGCCAUCAGUACCGCCACCAUCGGCGGCAGCCGUAGACACAGCCACGCAAUCCCUGGCCGUCACACAGGCCGCACCCAAUGAGGGGCGACGACAGUACGUGGCGUCAGACACCACUAGUCCUACGAUAACACCCGUGGCCUCCGAUAUGGACAUGGAUUCCGACGACAGCGUUGAGUUGUUAGACCCGUCCGACGACGACGUCCUCUCGCCUGACGCCCAUUACAGCGACAGUUUGCCCACCGAUGAGACCACUGAACCGCUUCCCGACAGUGAUUAUUACGACAGGUUUGACUCAUUGGUGGAACGGGUGUCCGGACUGUUGGGCCCCGACGUCAAGCCAGUGAUCGCCGCUGCGGGCGAUGUAUUGCCGCCCAACCAGUUGUCGAGCAGUCAAAUAUCGUUGUGUCCGUCACUACUGACCUAA